UUUAUUUUUAUUUCUUCUUUCACUAUUGAUGCCACCACAACAAUUACCUCAACGUAAUGAGAUUGUAGACUGGUACAAUUCUAUCCCACCUAUUACGAAGGCUCUGUUUACACUCACCAUAGCCACCACCACCAUCUCUGGUUUAGGUCUGAUUCAGCCUUCUACUCUCAUCUUGUACUGGCCUAAUGUCAAACACAAAUUACAGCUAUGGAGACUAGUGACAUGUUUCUUUUUCAACAAGUUUAGUAUUGGUUUUGCUUUCAAUACGUAUUUCUUGUAUCGUAAUUCAUUACAGUUGGAGAAUGAAGUCUUUUCAGGUCAGCCAGCCGACUACAUGUUCUUCCAUCUCUUCACUACAGGAUUGCAGCUGGCUGCAGCAAGUAUAUUUGGUAUCUAUGUCCUGAGUGAUGGUCUGUUGUUGUCGGUUGCCUAUCUUUGGGCACAACAUCAUCAGGAACAGAUGGUGUCAUUUAUGUUUGGUGUCCAAUUCAAAGCUAUGUAUCUUCCUUGGGUUAUGAUUGCCUCUGAUUUCUUAAUGUCAGGUGGUGUCCUUCCUAGAGCAUCUAUUGCUGGUCUUGUAUCUUCUCAUGUUUAUCAUUAUUUGACACACAUCUAUCCAAACCAAGGAGGAAGACGUUAUCUUCAAACACCCAACUUUUUAAAACGAUUAUUUCCAUCAGCUCGAGGUAUUCGAAGUGGUGGUUUUCGUGCUGGAUUCAGUGGCAAUGAUGCAUCAAGAGGCCAAACAACAGGAUUUAUGAGUGGUCAUCGUUGGGGACCAGGAAGACGGUUGAAUUCAUAAAAAGUUGCAUAAAUCCUACCCAAAUAAAACUCAGCAGACUUUUUUUUUGCUACGUCACCUUUUUCUGUUGCUUAUUUUUGCUUGGUACGUUGAGCGGAGACAAGGAGAGGGGGUAGCAACCAGGUCAAUUUUUUUUCUCUCUUUUUUUUUUUUCUAAUCCCUUUUGGCUGUGAAAUAAACCCCCCUACU